CUCGGACCCAAAGCUUUUUAAUCAUUGGCGUUACUAAGAGUUGGAUGCAUCUGCUGUGUGUUGCGGUGGGACCCCGAUGCUUUCCUGUAACCAGCUUAAUGGCUGUAGACGGUUGGAACUCCGGUCCGGACACCAGCGCCACGGACUGACUUCACACGAUACCUACUAAAGAUGGCUGGUCGGUGAGAAAUGGCCGAUGAUUACCAAGCGUAGUUGGCACAUGUCAGUGUUGUGGGAUCCUGAGUGGAACGAGAAGCGCCCGGCUUAGGCCACUGGAGCAGGCUUACUGCUGAAGCUGUGGCUGUUGACAGACUUUCGAUGGCAUAUUCAUUGGACUACGCAGGAUCGGAUUCGUUUAAGAGGAGGAGAUAUAUGUUUGUAUUGUUGAGCUGAUGUGCUGAUGAUUCCGACGAAAGUGAUUCAAUGUGUUCAGUAUUCGGUUGAAUGUGUCCGAGAUUUGAAUUGCCGCAUUUGAUGUGUUCAUCAUCCAAAUUGAAUCGUUUGUGGUUGUGAUUCAAAAUUUGAACUAAGUGUGCAGGCAAUGUGUUCAGAAUAUCAACUAAGUGUGAUUCGGUGUUUUUAGAAUUUGAACUAAGUGCGAUUCAAUGUGUUCAGAAGUGUUAUUCAAAUGGUUUUCUCUGCUAGAAAUUUGAACGCAAGGGAUGCAAGUUGUAUUUGCAUGAAGCAAAUACAAUAUCUGCCCAUGAAGUGAUAGUCAAAGAAUCAAGUUUGAAGCCAAGCGAACGCGGAGAAUAAAGGGAAAGCGAAAAGCGAACAAGAAAUAAGAAAAGUUUGUGUAGUGUUACACCAAGAAUAACUAAAUCGUGGUACUGAUGCUGUGAUCGGCGGCGGCGUAGUUACGGGGUUUCAUCAAGAUUGAUUAUUCGAUAGUAAGCCUACUUUCAUAUUGAUCAAUCGACCAUUAAGCCUUGCGGCACCGGUAUUGAACAUAUGCAUUUGUAAAGUGUGUUGUGCUGAAGUGUUUUGAAGAGGUACGCAACAACAAAACAAUUUUUGAAUACCGCGACCUAUCGGCAGAAAGAAGAACUAUGCAAUAUAUGUCUCUUAUGCAUAAUUACGAACAUGGUACAUUUUAGCACAUGUCUCCUUAAAUGGCGAAUUCAACUAUACAUUUGUAACUGCUCCUUGUUAUUUCGAAUCGUGGCUGAAGAUAAUCGCUAGAUUAUUUUGAAUCAAAGUACAAUAUCGAGUCCCGAUUAAUUUGAAUCAAGCUACACUGACAGAGGAUAUAGUAUCUCCAGCUUAUUUGGAAUCGAGCCACAUGCAUGUACGUUAUAACUCAAGUUUAUCAAGUUGCAUGAUUAUACAUGGUACAUGUAUAUACAUCUAUAAAGGUUAAUUUUGAUCAAGCUACAAGAUAACAUAUCUCCAGAUUAAAUCUGCGGGAUGUAUCCAAGUUAACUGGAAACAGGAUAGGGUACAUCCAGUUUAAUUGGAGUUAAGCUGCAAGAUACAUAUCCAGAUUAAUUGGAAACGAGUGAAAAUAUAACUCUAGUUUAAUGGAAACCUAGCUGCGGGAUAUAUCCAGGCAGGUUAAUUGGAAACAAGAUAGGGUAUAUUCAGGUUAAUUGUUAUUUAGAUAUCUCCAGAUAAAUCGGAAUCCAACUACAAGAUGCCGGAACCGGAGAACGGCUCGGUGGAGGAGACCAAGGAAGAUAAGUGUCUGGACCUUGACGAAAUAAGGAAGAAUCUCAUGGGCAAAUUCGAGGUGAUCGUAGAUUGCUUCGACCAGGAAAAACUCAGUAAAAGGGAGGCUGUGCUUUUGGUGAUUAUUUUCAUAAUUGGGGCAACUGCUGUGUCUGUGGGCUUGAUCGUGGGUGACAUUAUGAAGGAACGGGAUGACUGUCUGAUAUUUAACGAAAAUGUCACGACGCGGAUGAAUGCGGCUGAAAUGGACAUGUACGUCCGAGAGAUCUGCCUUGAGGACGUGUGUGUAAGAAAGGCAUCACAGAUGAUGUACGACCUCGAUACGUCAGUGACACCUUGUACAAAUUUCUACAAAUAUGCAUGCGGCGGUUGGGUGAAUUCGAACCCUGUACCCACAGACCAGAAGGUCUGGGGUGUUAGGCAGAAAGUGGAGUACGCGAUAAGAGAUAAGAUCCGCGCGCGUCUUGAGAGUCCUCUAGACAGAACUCUUGCAAACCGUCUAGAUUCUGCUGUCCGGAAGAUGACCGUCCUCUACAAGUCAUGCAUGGAUGAAGAGACAAUUGACAAGGCGGGUACUUCCAUGAUAUGGGACGCCAUCACUAAAAUAGGAGGUUGGGCUAUGCAAGGCGGGAGGAGCAAUUGGGAUAUCACCGACGGCCUCAGCAAAUUACACUUCUCCUAUUCAUCCGAUGCCUUGUUUUAUCCCUUCGUAGCCCCCAAUCCUUAUGACCGGAAAAAAUACGUUAUCCAGAUAGCAAAGUCUGGUCUUGGUAUCCCUAACGCAGCCGAUUAUUCAGACCCCAACAAGUCUAUAGUGCAAGCAUACAAGGAGUACAUGAUGACGGUGGCCCGAGAGCUAGGCCAGGGUGACCCGAAUAGGGUCACGUUUGCUCAACAAGUGUUCGAAGUGGAGAAGGACCUGUCGGAGAUCAUUACGUUGACGGACACGAAUCAGGGUGGUUAUGAAAAUACGACAAUAGAGGAACUUCAAACAAUCGCAGGACAAAUAGAAUGGAUAAAGUAUUUCACAGCAGCUGGGUUUGCUGUGAACAAGAAUACUAAGGUUUUGGUGGCAUCCAAAGAAUAUCUCAAGCGAGUUUUCAGUAUGGUAUCACGUGUUGAAAAAAGUAAACUUAACAACUAUUUCGUCUGGAAGCUGGCCAUGAGCCUCGCUAUGGACUUACCGAAGGAGUUCCGUGAUGCAGCGUCAACUUAUGUCAUGGCCAUGUCAGGUACCACAACGCCAAAACCCCGAUGGGAAUACUGCUUCAACUCCGUAGACAGCUACAUGGGCCUGGCGCUCGGGGCAGUCUACAUCAAACACCAUUUCCGGAAUAAAACGAAGGAACAGGUCACGUGGAUGGUCGACGAAUUCCAGGCGACGAUGAAAGAAACCAUCGAGAAUUCUGAUUGGUUAGAGGAAAGUGCUAAGGAAAAAUCAUCUUCUAAGAUUGAUUCAUUGGUGAAAAAGAUAGGAUAUCCAAAAAUAUUGGAAAGCGAAGCAAAAUUAGAUGAUUAUUACAAAUAUAUUAAUAUAUGGUUUGGUGAUGCCUACUCGAAGAUUCUCACCAACAUUAUGCAAGGUCAAACGAACAAGAUGAUACAACUCCUUCAUGAGCCAGUCGACCCCGACGAGUGGGCAAUCGGGUUGCACAGCACCAACGCCUACUACUCCGCCAUCGCAAACGAAAUAGUUCUUCCAGCUGGGCUCCUAACCCUUCCUUUCUUCGAUGAAAACAAUCUACAGUUCAUCAACUAUGCGGGAACUGGUUUUGUUAUUGGACAUGAACUCAUGCACGCUUUUGACAACAAAGGUGAUCUAUCAAUGGCGGAAGUCUGGGGAAGCAGUAACUACACGGAAGCAUAUGACGCCAAGAAGACGUGUCUCACCGGCUACCUGACCCGCCAGGGCAUCAAAGAUAGCAACCAGGCCAAGGCGCAUAUCCUUCAGGAGGAGAUGGCGGAUCUUGAUGGACUUGCUACGGCAUUUAGGGCUUACCGUUCUUGGUCGUGGAAGCAAGGAGGUGAGAAGGUACUACCAGGGAUGCAAAAAACUGCUGAUCAGCUGUUCUUCAUAUCUUAUGCUCAGUCAUGGUGCGAGUCCACGUCACCAGAGGGCAGAAAAGGUGUAUCAAAUGGGAACAUUCCAUCUGACCUCAGGGUUCGAGCUGCUGUGUCCCAUUCCAAAGACUUCGCAACAGCGUUCGACUGUUCGCAUAAAUCGCAGAUGAAUGUGCAGCCAAAAUGCACAAUGUGGUGAGAGGACUAUGACAAUCCGGUCGACGAAGACCACUUCUUCCAGGAUGCGAGGUUGCCAUGUCAGUCGAUCCCUGCUCGAAAACAAACGCCGCCAAUGCAUUGACUCUUUCUUCCAAAGUCUGCCGUUUUGAGUUAUAUAUUUGCGGGGAAAACCUUGCAAUGAGUGCCAAGUCUAUGGUGAUGGAAUUGAUAUCGAAAUUACAAAAACGUAAAUAUCGUAAAUACAAAAACCAAGCAAAUUACACAUAAAUUGUCUGUUCCGAGAAGACAGUUGAACUCAUAGCUAUGGUGCUUAGAAUGAUUAGAAAAAACUUUCCAAUAUCAAUAUGCUUCUAUUAUUUGCCCUGUCAAAUAUGGUAGCCUAUCUUUUUGGAUAAGAUUUGGUCUAAAAAAUAUGGUAUCUUUUGAAAGGAUAACCUAUUGGAACCCAAGUAGAACAAUGGGAAUCUGUGUGGAAAAGUAUCGCCCCUGUGAACGGAAUGAUCGCGAAUGUGGUAGUAGUUGACCUAUACUGGAAAAUGGUGUAUCAGAUGUAAUCGACGAGAGAUAUUGUAAUCGAUUGGGUAAAGAACUUGAAUUGUUCUAAACUAUCAUAACUGCAGAUACAUAUAGAUCGCAAACAGUUCAGAGAUAUCUUUACUAAUCCAUUCGGAAAGAUAGUAAUCUGUUUAGAAAGGUCGUGAACUGUUCAGAAAGAUCGUUAUUCAUCAACUAGGAAAGAUCGUAAUCGGUACGGAAAGAACUCAUUCUCUUGGGAAUGAUCGUAAUCUGUUCGGAAAUAUCGUAAUUUAUUUGGAACUGAGAACGUUCAUUGCGUGUGAAAGGAUUGUCAUAUGUUUGUAUCGAAAUAUCGUAUAGUCUGAUCGGAAAUAUCGUUCCAGUUUAGAGAAAAAUUACGUAUUACCAAAUGCUUGUUACUCAUAACGAAAAAAUUGCGUAGGAAAUUAUUGAGUGCAGGGAAAAAGGAAAUGAUUCACCAAGUCGGAUUGAUUGUCAAAGCGAUUUGCGAUGGACCUUAAAGACAGAACAAAUUGCUUAAAUUAAACUGUGGGGAUAAGAUACAGGGAUGAAAAGUUUAGUCUGAUUCAGAUACAUGUAUUGACAACAUUUCGCUGUAAUAUGACAGGAACUUUAUUUACCUGCCGACGCUCAAAUUUUCAAUUACCGACAAUAUGUCCGGAUGCGUGUACAUGUACUUUUUAAACCUCUUCAUCAGCAUUGAAUAUAUUGCAUUACAUUUCAUAACGUCAUGGAUACAUUAUCUGCUGUUUUUGUUCUGUUUUGUUGGAAGAAUCACGUGUUAAGUAGCUGCUAUCACCAUGGUUACCUAACUACAACUUGAUACACGUGUAUUAUGCCAGUUAUGGAUAAGGUUCAGUACGACCAUGUAUCCGUUAUUAAAUUGGAGUUCGACAAUGUAACACCAGA